AUGCUGUUGUCUGCGCUGCGACAUCUAGUAAUAUAUCUUUUAAUGAAAUUAACAUAUUUUUUUAUCUUACUUUUCUAAAUAGUAUUUUCAUAGGUUAAUCCGCUGUUGAGUUUGAAGAUAUACAAUGGAAGACCAGAGUAUGAAGAGCCAAUAUAGACUUGUUCAAAAUCCUUACUAUCAGGCUGUUUCCGAUAAUCCAGCAAUGAAUAUUGUGAUUGAAAACGAUAUUAUUGAGUCACAAAAGUCCUCAUCAAACAUUCAACAAAGACUUGCGAGUCAAAGACCUCGAGGAACAAGAAUCGAUGAAACAGGUACCCGUAUUCAAGUAAGAGGGGGAAGAAAUUACACAUCCCGUAAACUACAUAUAAGUAAAGAGGAAUUAUUUGAUGAUGUUGUAGUGCGAGGACUAAGAGCCGAUGGACUUUCUACAAAAUUAGGCGUUAAAAAUCAUAAAGAUGGAAUUGGAAAGUUGCUAAUAGAUUUAUUCCGAGGCGAUUCAAGACUGCCAGUCAUUGAAGAACAUUAUAAAACACAUCGUCAAAAAUCCAACUGCGCAAAAACAAUGUUUGCAACUAUGACACAUGAAGAAUUACAGUUUCUAAAAGCUGAAACAUUCCCAUCAAGAAUUGAUGUUCAAGUACGAGAUUAUUUGAUGAAUGCAUUCUCUAAUCAACCUGAAAAGUUACAAGCAACAGUUGAAGUACUAGAACAGAUUCAGCAAAUCUUCAAAGUACUGACACCUCAUGCUGACUUUCUUUCGAGCCAUAAUUUUCAAACAAGAGGAUUUUUCUUGGAUAUUAUUUUAAUGACUUGCAGUUUUUUGAUGCAAAUAAUACAAGAUAGUGAUGAAACACCAGACACUGCAAGUAAAAUUCAGACCAAUGUAACAGUGAAACAGGAUCAUGCAGAAAAUAUUGUAAAAGAAUCCCAGAGCAAAACAGCAGCAGAGAUAUUACUUUCUGUAGGGUCUGAUAUUCUAGAUAAUUCUGAAAAACAAACAUCAGCCGAUGAAACAAACAAAGUUGAGACUGAUGGCGAUUGGACAGCAGUUUUGAAUACAUUGAAUCAAACUUCUGUAAAUGCAGCUUCUACAAAUGAUUCUUCGCCAAAAACAACAGUGAUGGUUGAAGGACCUGGCAAGUCAAACUUGAACUCUGAGGAAUGGACAACUGUGGAAAUGAUUGAUGGAAAUGGAACUUCAAGAUAUGUCUUGAUUAAGACAAAUAAUAAUGGAUCAGAGGCUUUUGAUACUGAUAAACUUUGGAGUAUGCUUCAAACUCAAGGAGCUACGUUAGAUAGCAAUAUUGAAAUUUCUUUGGAUAAUCAAAAUGUGACAAAAACUGAAAAUGAAUCCCCGGAAGAUAAUGUUGGGAUUGUAGAAGUCAUACCAACUGAAGAAAACCAUUUGGGCAUUGACGUGAAAAGAAAUGAGGACAUUUUGCAGCCCCUGUCAAAUAAAUUAACACUUCAGUUGGAUGAUUCUGAUCUGACUGAUCGAAUCAAUGUUUCGAACAAUGGAAAUGAUGUGGCCAAUGUUGUGGGAAUAGAUGUCAUCAACGAUGCUGGACCAAAUGAGACAUCAGAAAUCACAGCAAGGCAAAAUAUGGCAACAAUAGUUGUAUCAAAUACUGAUGAAGAUUGGCCACAUACUGAUGCACAUCACAAAAGGACAAUAUCAGAGACGCAUACUAGCCAUUCUAAGAGAUUGAAAACAAAUACAGAUUAAUAAUUUGUGUUAAAAUAGUAAAGGCUAUUUGUUUUACCAACACUAUGUGAGCGUUAUUAGUAAAUUAGAUUUCAUAGGCUUGAUUGGUUUAUGAUAUAUAUGAAGAUAUUUGAGGUAAAAAAUUAGACGUCUAAGCCCACGUUGAAUGACAAACUUUCAGUGAUGACCAACAUUAUCCCAGUCAUAAUUGGAUAAGCAAUGCGUCUGAAAGUGAACUAGAUGUAGUCGGGAUUCUAAUUAUGUUGCAUUUAUAUAUGGUUCUAAUUUGAAUGGUUGGCAAGAGUUGAUAUCGUAUUGAAGAGUUGUACGUAUAAGUCUUAUCGUGGACGUCUGUUGUAAACAAAAGCAAUGAAUUACUUUUGCGUCGUGUCCAUGAUCCAUGCUUGAUUCGAGUGUUCGUAAGCGCGGUAAGCGCAUCCUGUUUUUUUUUCCAUAUUUUCUAUUCUACUAUAUGAUAGGUUUUAUGUGCAUAAGUAUUCGAAAGCUUAGAAAUAUACAAAGAAUCUGUUA